CCCCGGAUACAUCGUACGUGUUUCAGCUGCAGAUUGCUAAAUACCAGCCGUGAUCACUGGGGGAGUACCUCUAACGACAGUCACUGAUUAUGAUAAGGGAUUAAGGGCAAAUGGUUGACGCGACCCUACACUCUAUGCCAACAUAUGGAUCGAGGACAAUGAAGUAGCAUUUCAUUUAAUAUGCUAAAGUCCAAUCGACCAAUAACCGCCACUCCCUUGAUUGCUUCUUUUAAACGGGACACGAUACGUUCAAGAUAAAUGCAUCGACUUAUAUUUAUGACUGGCAGAACGGCGAGAAGACUGGGUGACUGAGAGGUAUCCCUCGCUGUUAACAAGCGCGUACAUUUCUCUGGAUCUUACCAUGGCUGCUGCAGCUAGAAACGAAACCGGUGGAAAUUCCACAAUGUACCAUACCAUGAGUGUGGAAUACUGUAGGAACUACUUGCUAGCAUUGAUGGGACCUGUAAGGAAAGAUCCAGGAGUGGUAUAUUGUAACUCUACCUUCGACACUGUCUCGUGUUGGCCUCCCACUCCAGAGGGAAUUCUUGCCUCCAUCCCCUGCCCCCAGGGGCUGAUUGGGGUUGAUCCUACAAAAAACGCCUCACGGCUGUGUGACGUAGGUGGGAUCUGGGCGAACAAAUCAAAUUACAACGACUGUUUGUCGGUGUAUGAAGAACACCGCCAUGUUGAUGGCCUGACGCCGGACAAACUUGGCGUCCGUGUCAUCUAUAAUGUUGGAUUCACCGUAACGACAGUGGCCUUGGUAGUAGCUCUUGUCAUAUUUCUGUACUUCAGGAGUUUGCGAUGUUUGCGAAACAAGAUUCACUGUCAUCUCAUCGUCACGUUCAUCUUGCAGAAUGUCAUGUGGGUGUUGAUGCACAACACACUGUUGCAGUUAUGGAGGACGAAACACGAGUGGAUAUGCAAGAUCAUAGUGACCCUGUACAACUAUUUCCACGGAACCAAUUUCUUCUGGAUGUUUGUGGAAGGGUUAUACCUGUUUACCAUCAUCGUGUGGGCUUACUCUGCAGACAAGAUAAAGCUGUGGCACUACAUGAUCGUCGGAUGGGGUAUACCUUUCAUAUACACGAUCGUAUGGGCCGUGGUCAGAUCGACGCUAGAUGACUUCCAGUGCUGGCUGCCAUCAGAUACACACUAUGACUACAUACUCCAUGUCCCUAUAUUCUGGGUCCUCGUGAGCAACAUCCUCUUCCUGUCCGCCAUUAUCUGGGUUCUCAUCACAAAACUGAAGGCCUCACACAAUCUGGAAACCCGACAAUACAGAAAGGCCGUGAAGGCUACCAUUAUCCUCUUUCCCCUGCUGGGGGUCACCUACGUGCUUUUCUUGAUUCCGCCGAGCAACGACCACGUGGUACAGACCGUGUUUCAGUAUGCCAAUGCUUUCCUUCAGUCAUUCCAGGGUCUCUUCGUGGCGGUGUUCUAUUGCUUUUUAAAUGGCGAGGUACGAGCAGCCAUUCGUAAAAAGCUCAGCAACUACCAGGAGAGUCGAAGUAUCGUUACGAGGUACACGAAGACGUCAUUUGUGGGUUCACCAGCUCGCUCCACCAGCAACUAUAACCAGAGCCUUCAAAUGAGCACGUGUAAUGGCGGAAAACAAAAUGGCUGCCGUGGAAAGAGACCCAGCGAGAGUUCGCGUGGAAUGGAAGAGGAAGCCGAAAACAUGUUGUGACUUCUCACAGGAAAGUUAAAGUCAAAAAGAACAUCCCGCGUCAGACUGAACAUUGACGAGGUAAUGUUGUAAUUGGUAGAUAUUAUUCUAUCACUUAAAGACAAUUGCGCUGAGUGGAUAUUUUGAGAGAAAGAUUGUCAUUGCAAAGUGUAGGUGCCAUUGAGUAAUACCGUUCCCUUACCAUAACUGUAAGGGCACUUUGUUAUGGCGACUCCUGUGUGAGGUUCAGGACAACGUUAAAUUUUAAGAGAUUUAUUGCUGUUUAUUUUUAAAUGUUGUCUAGCAAAGAUUCUUCAAACAUGUAAUUGACCUGUAUGAAUGCGACGAAUUCACAUCCUCAAUAACCUUGUGCGUUAUAUCUCUAUUCGCUUUAUGAUAAAACCCUCGACCCACUCACAACUAUAACUUCGGUUCGGAAGUGACGUCAUUGCCUCAAUCAUUCCAACUCUCUCUCUGUCUCUCGCUUAUGGCGUACUUUGAUUGGAGUGCUUUUUUUCUUGUCGUUUCGUUCGAAUCCGGCUCAAAACGAAGUACAGUGGUGAGUGGGUUUAUGAUAUAUAAUAGAAUAAAGAUAUAUCUAAUACACUUGCUUAUCGGGGAUAAAUAAUUCAUUGAAAGAGUAUUUAUGUAAGUUCCACCAUGGGAGGAGACGUAGUUUACAUAAAAUCAGAAAUAACCAUUCCAUAAAACGUGUAUAAGUUUCGUGCUUAUGUUGAAUUAUUUGAAGGUUACUCAUGUGCUUCUUGAAUGUGCCAUAUAAACGUAUCGACACAUGUAUGUAUUCAUAUGUAAAUAGAACGUGUAAAUAGACAUUAUUAAUUCAUAAACUAUAGCUAUACACGUUUUCAUUCCAAAACUUUCAUAUUUCCAACUGGGAUUACGUAUUUCACAACAACAAUACCGGCGUUUCAUUUUUAUAUACAGACAUCAUAUCUUAUCCCAGAUUAUAUAUAAGUCUAUAUACCAGUAUUCAAAUUCAAUCUAACGCAAGGAACAUUUGGAAAAACGUCUUUUGAAGGACGUCAUUCGAUAUGUUGGAAAUUGAGGGGUCAAUCCACAUAAAGAAUCUUUGAAAUGAGCGUUUUUCCAUAUUCUAGACAUCUUUGGAAAGAGUUUUUUACUGUGAUGAAAUUUCUAUUUCAGACUCCAUUGUUGCAUACAGAAAUUUCAGAAAAAAUGUGUCAAUCGAUUCAGUUGGAAUGAAAAAAAUUAUUUCCAAUACAUUUCGUGUCUAAGUGUAGUUAAUCGAAGAAAAUGUGUGCCCUUGUAUUUUCCGUGGGUUGAGUAGGGCAUGACACGAAUACCGCUGUAAUGACAUUUUCUGCAUAAUAUCAUCAGAACGAUCACUUCGAAAAAAACUUAUAAUAAUAUAUUACUAACAGUAUAUUUAAAAAAAAAAAAACUUUAAAGGGAACGUUAGCAUGGAUGCAUUAUUAUUUGUCCGUCACGUCAAUUACGUGGGUUUAGAGAGCUAUUUGUUCUUAAUGUUUCUCAAUUACCGCCCGAUUUCUUUCUGCCUGGUCAAAUAAAACAAUGUCGCCCUGAAACUGUUGACAUUUUGAAGUUUAUGUGAUGAAACCGCAUGACAAGUAUUUCCAAGAUCAGUGGGUCAGUAUGCAGUCCAAUUAUAUUCCGAAAUCCCUGGGGAGAAUACAAACCGAGCUCGUUGGUAGAUACGUAGGUCGUGAAAUGGGAAAUUUGCAGAAAACAGUCAGGAUAAGACUGUAAGAUAUGUGGUGAUAGUCGCGCGUGCAGUAAUCUAUUUCUUACACACUGUGAAAUCGCACCAUUUUAGUGUCUAAUCGAUAUAUUUUUCUCUAUUCUGAUGGUCGUAGUGGUUCAUUAACACAUUACACAACGGUGAUGAGUCAUCCAACUUACUGCUUACAACUCAAACCUAUUUUGACCCUCCCCCAAAAGGUGUCAACCAUACACGUGGACUAACAAGCGAUGAUGUUAAUACACACUAGAUGCGAUCUCUUAAACCACAAAGUUCCACCACAGACGUGAAUUCGUCUAUAGCAGGAUCCACUAAUCAAUGACUUACAAACAGGAAAGUAGUCCGUCAUAAUCUGACCUCAGGUCACACCCAUGGAGUAGCCAAUCACAGACCUGCAAUUCGAUCUCACACGCGUUGGAUACGGAUAUUUCUACACUGCAUAUGAAUUAAUGUUUACACGAUGUACUGUUAGAGGUCUAACCGAAUGGAAUUAUAGAAUAUAACAAUGCUCUUGGGGAAUGGGUGGCCAAUUCGUCUAAGGCGCCGCAACAUUCGUGACCAACUCGUGUUAUUCCGGGACAGGCCGAAUAGCGACUCGUGCCCCACUGAUGGCCAUUUUUGCGACCGGGUUUCGUC